AUGCCUCUCGCCGGACACUGCCUCUGCAAGGCCGUCACCUACACGGUCGACAUGGACGAGCCUCUCCUUGUUGGUUAUGACCACUGUGACGACUGCCAGCGCCAGAGCGGUUCCACUUACUCCCUGGUUGCCGUCGUCAAGAAGGACAAGCUCACCAUCAACGGCCCCGUCAAGACCUACUCCGGCAGCAAGGGAUCCUCCGGCAAGAUCGUCCACCGCCUCUUCUGCUCCGAGUGCGGUUCCCCCAUCGCUCACGACCCCGAUGCCGCCCCCGAGAUCAUUGCCCUCAAGGCUGGCACCUUUGAGUCUGAGCUGAAGCAGAAGCUCAAGCCCGACACCGAGAUUUGGACCGUUGGCAAGCUUCCCUUCUGCCAGGAGCACCUCGCCAAGCCCUUCACCCACAUGCCCGAGUAA